AUGAGGACACAGUGCCGGGGCCUGAUGGGACAUACUGCGAUCUCAUUAAGGGAGGAAGCUGCCCCACUGGAGCAGAAUAUUCCAGGUUGUAGAGAUGGGAGGGCAUACUUCGGGAAAGGGGGGAGAUCAGAGCGGCACUGCAGGCCCAGAGAGGAGUUUGGACGGCAGGAGAGUGAGGGCUUGAGCAUGGACGUUCCUGGUUAUGGAAUCACAGCAAUGAGGAGAGGAAGCUAUGAUGAUGCUACAGCUUCGAUUCGCCCAGUGAGUAUUGAGCCAUCGUUCAAUAUAACCCUGAAUGGCGGGGCUCCUCCACUGAACAUCGCAAAGGCAACAGCACUGAAGGCACAGCAUUUCAAACACUUGGCUCAAAGGCGACGUUCUGCUCCCUCACUGGUCUUUGGGAAGGCGUUGGGGAUGCCGUGGUCUUCCAUCAGGGAGGAGGCUUCCUGCUGGGUCUCUGUGGAGCAGAGUCCGUUCGUCCUCGGCCUGACCAGUGAGAACGGAGAGCUGCUGCUGGAGGAGUGCGUGCAGGUCACAGAGAGCUCCAAGACCAAGGAGAGACACCUGUUCCUCUUCAAAGAUGUCAUUGUAUUUGCCAAACUCAAGUCAAAUGCCAGCUACCGGCUGAAGCACAGAGUGAGCCUAGAGGACAUCUGGCUUUAUGGGUUUGAAGAUGAAUCAGAGGAAGAAGAGGGGACAAUGGGGGGUAUCGACCUCAGGGUGACAGUCGUGUUGGCCUGGGCUUUCACCGUUUGUUUGGUGUACUUUUGCUCGCCUGAGGUCAAAGAACGCUGGCUAGAUACUCUCCACAGACAAAUUAGAGUUGCAAAGGCGAGGAUCGGUUGUGUUUCUUCACCUCCACGCGUCCUCAUGAAGGUGUUGAGUGGUAACAUCACAACUAAAACUCUAACAGGAGGAGGCAUGGAACCAUUCAUUGAGUGUCCUGUUGAUGGGGACCCAAAUAUUUCUGCUCAACCGAAGCAGUUACAUAACCCGGAGGAAAGGCCAACACAGCCCGUUGAGACAAAGUGGAAAUGGCUCAAGAAGGGCACUAGUUUCAGCAGGAAAGCCCGCCGAUCUGAUGCCGACUCAAAGAUGCAGCUGUUUGGACAGCCCCUCUGCAAGAUCUGCCCAGAUGACUGCUCACUUCCCAAACCGGUCACAGAGAUGCUGCUGUUGCUGAGGAAGAAAGGGCCGUCCACAGAGGGAGUGUUUCGCAAACCGUGCAACAGCAAGAUCAUGAAGGACCUUAGAGAGCAGCUGAACAGUGGGCUGGAGGUCAACCUGGAGAGGCAGCCAGUUGUUCUGCUCGUUGGGCUGCUAAAAAGUUUCCUUAAAGAACUUCCUGGUAGCCUGCUGGCGUCUGAACUUUAUGAUAACUGGAUGACGGCUCUCGAUAAUGAAGACACCCAGCAGAGAGCUGUGGAAAUCAGAAAUGUGGUAGAUAAGCUCCCUGCAGCCAAUAAGCUCCUCCUGCAGCACCUUGUUUGCGUCCUCCAUCACAUCCUCGAGAGUGCAAACAUCAACAAGAUGGACGCCCACAACCUGGCGGUAUGCAUCGCCCCCACUCUGCUGCAGCUGGAUGGCUCCCCGCUGGACGAGCAGAAGGAGAGAAUAGAGAAGGUCACAGAGCUCACUCAGUUCCUGAUUGAACAUUGUGAAAUACUUGGAGAGAAUAUCCCAAACCUGCUGGACACAGAUGAAGACUCGCUGUCCUCUCAGCAUCAUGACUCUGCAUACGAUAGCACUGACCCUGAUGGAGACGGAGAAGCAGGAGAAAGCGCCUGCUCCACACACGGAGGGAGCGGCUCAUCUUCCUCCCUCAGUCCCAGCCUCUCUGCCUCCUCCUCCUCCUGGCCGGCUGAUGCCUCCUUCAACACAAAGCCACCGUUCAACCGUCGCUGCUCCGAGCCCAUUAUCCAUCUCCCUGCUGAUCUAGAGAGAGUGUGCAGCCACGCUAGAAGCCACGACGACUGUUCGGUGGAGAGGAGCAGCUUCGAAGAGCAGCCGCUGAAGAAGCAGAUCUCAGACGACUCUUUCUUGCUCAGAGGAGCAAGGCCGGUUUUGAUGUUUCCAAAACUAAGCAGCAGCUCCAACAUGGACCCACUGCCCUACAUGGCAGGUAAUCAUACCCAGAACUGCUCAUGCUCCUCCUUAGAGAGUGCUACCUCCAACCAAUCAGAUGGCUCUGUUUUUACAAGCUCACCUGUGGGGUCACCAUCCUGCCAGAGGAGGGCAAACACCUCAGUUGCUACAAAAUCUCAGCAGGACAUUCCAAGGCCGAUUUCUGAUGAGAAAAAGCGCUCGCAGUCCAUGAGAGGUGCCACUAAAGCCCUGCUGAGGACGCGGAGUUUAGUAACAUUCAACAGGAGCAGCCUGAAGAAAGACUCUCAGAAAGAAAAUGCUUUUCCAUGUGAAACUCUCCCAGAGGACUCUCAGAGCGAAACAGACCCAUGCACAGAGCCUCUGCGCAAAUCGCGCCCCCUGUCCGCCAUUGAAGUAUUUAAGCACAUGGACAGCAAGCUGCCCUGCAGGCCUCCGACCUAUGAGCACGCGAUGCAGAGUGUGGGUCUUCCUCCGCAGUAUGCCUCAAUGACUGUUCAGGAUGCCAAACAGCUGGAGAGGAGGUCCCGCCCAUCCUCGGUUAAUUAUGACUUUCCGUCUAUGUACCCUGCCAGCCAGUACACAGACUGUUUUGAUCAAACCAGCGUGGUUGAGCGGCGGCAACCCUUCCGACAGAGAGCGAUGUCUGAGUCUGUGUCUGCGCGUCAUCACGAGGUUGUAUCGCGGAGAUGCAGCCAGCCUGUAUUUGAGGAAUUUUCCUAUGCCAAGGAGUCUUACGUUUGAUUGACUUUUGAGCUGUUUAACAGGUUUGAUUUGUCAGAGGUAUAUCAGUGGGCAGCGCCAAAAAAAAAAACUGCUUAACUGCAAGUUAGCUUACUGCAUAGCUUCUCCAAUUUUACAAGGCUUGAAGUUUCUAUUAUAAGCAAGGCAAGACUGUCAAUCUUUUCUCUUAGUUUUCAUUUGAUGGAGAAUCUGUGUCAUGCAGGUUCUGCCCACUGAGCAGCUCUGCUUGUAUCUGUACAGAAAGUCAAAUUAUUGAUUCACUUUGAAUGAAUGUCAGUCCUGUGAAGCCUGUAAGGUUGCACUUUCUCAGUAGUACCAUUUAGUGUACAACUUUUAAAGUAUAUAUAGUUAUGAUAGAUAUCUAGUCUAUCACAAUGAAGCUAGAAAACACAGGCAACUGUGGAUAAAAUAUGCUAUGACUGUUCUUUUUUUUUUUGACACAGUAAUUUGCUGAACAGAAAGAUGAGCUAAUUUUAAUGCUUUUUUGUAAAUUUCCUUCACCUUUUAUUUCUCUUUCACUACAUUACAGCACUUUUCUGAUGAUAACCAUGCUUUGUUUAUAUGUCCGCUAAUUGUAAAUAAAGGGAAAGAGCAGUUUAUUUAGAUGGGUAACCUUGGGCAAUGAAUUGUAUUAGAUAAAGAAUUCAGAUGGAAAACCUUGGAAUAAAAGAAA